UAUGAUUGACGGUUAUAUGAUAUCUGCUUUUGCUGAGAGAUGGCACGCAGAGACUAAAUCAUUUCACCUGCCAUUCGGUGAAAUGACUAUUACUCUUGACGACGUCAGGGGUCUUUUGAGCAUCCCGUGUACUGGAGAGUUUUUCACACCUCCCGCAAAUGUCAAUGAAGAUUUGGCAAUUGCUGCUGCUGUUGAGUUGUUGGGGGUUACAUAUGAUGAAGCUGUCACUGAGACUAGGACCAAUAGAGGGGCUUCCUAUAGUUUUGAGUGGUUGAAAGAGGUAUUUUAUAAGAAACUUCAUGAAGGAAGAUAUGACUGUGCAGCUAGGGCAUAUCUACUUCAUUUGGUAGGAUGUACCAUUCUUGCGGAUAAAAGUUUUACACUUGUAUCUGCAAAAUAUCUCUUUCUGUUUCAAGAUCUGGAUAGUUGUGGUAAAUGGGCAUGGGGACCGGCUGCACUUGUUGUGCUAUAUGACUAUCUUAGAGACAGUACAUUGCCUGCAACCAAACAGAUUGGAGGAUAUUUGUCUUUAUUUCAGACUUGGAUUUAUGAACAUUUCCCCGAUAUUUGUAAACGGGGUAUGGAUGAGCAUAUUUCCUCGAUGCCACGGAUGUUUCGUUGGACGGCAAAACAAACAUCUGGGAAUGUGGCAUAUUACAGGGCAAAGUUGGAUGCUUUGAGGGAUACGGAUAUUAUCUGGGCACCAGAUUACGAUCAGAACGCUGUGACACGAUUUCAGUCUGAAUGGUCAUCCACUUCUCAUUACCUUGGUUUUCCAACUCAGUUACAAGUAAAGACUCUGUCACUUCUUGCAAACGUUCCUUGA